GAAUGGGAAGUGGUAUCUCCCUGCUUCUUCCUGCCGCGCUCGAAAACGAACGGCAUCUUGACGCCACGCGGCUGUGUGACAGCCAGUGGAAAAGAAAAAGUCAUUAGUCAUACGAGUUUCUGCAGUGUUCCAACUCUCGACGGGUGGUUUUCCUGCGUUCCCUAGGAUGCAUAUAAAAACGGCCUGCGACAUGACCAUUGUCACUUCCAGAAAAAAGUACAAACAUCUUGCCACCUGUUGCUUACUCGUGUAUUAAAAUGAAACUUGUACUUUUGUGCCUUCUCACCGUUUGCUGUGCGUCUCUGGCCAGUGCCGAUAGCGUGACACUGGAGAGGAGAAAACUGCUUGAGGUCUUAAAGCAACUUGGUGACGUCAAAAACUCGCUAGAGCGCAAAGAUCUCCUUCUGAACACACCGCCGCAGAAUAUUGAGGACUGUUGCUGUCUGUCAGCGUUGCGAUGCUUCCGGGCCAGCUUGCAUGUGCACUUCAACAUGACGGAAAGAAACCAAAACAAACUUUACCGGAGCCUUAAGCAUCCAAUCACUGAAAGAGGUCUGGACUUUUGUCAAUCUGGAAAUGGCGUGUCCACCUGCGAAAUGUGCGAUUCGCAUCCGAAGGCGACCACUCGCGAGUUUGUCGGCAGACUCGAGUCUCUCAUUCAAAAGGCUAUCAGCAGACUGAGUGCCAACUGAGCAGACAGGAAGUUCAAGUUCAGGAGAGAAGAAAGACACUAUGCUGAGGAGAUGCCCAAAACAAGAUGUGGCCUAUUUAUUUAACGUAUUUAUUUCUUAUUUUAAAAAGACAUUUUUAAAUAGCUGCUUUAUGGUGAACUUUACAUUUGGUUUUCUUCAUGUCAAAAGUUACAUUAUUUAAAUGUGAGAUUUUACAAUGGUGUCUGAUGUAAUUUAUACUAUGUAUAAAGGCAGACGGUUGUUUUUUUUAUUACUAUUUAAUUCAUUAUUUAUAUAAAAUAAAAAUUAAGAUUUUUGACUAUCAAGCUUACAAAUGUGAUUUUUCAUUCAUGAUGUCUUGGUUUGGAAAUACAAUAGACAGAAUUCCUUAUUGCCUUUCAAUUGAAAUACCUGGCUGGUUAUUUAUUGUUGUUUAUCAUAAAUAACUAUGGCAGAACAGC